UUUUCCUCUGUAACGUUCGAUCAUCUUGUCUGUUAAUUACAACCACUUAUGUAAGAAUAUUCUUUCUUCAGAUUCGCUCCUAAACGAUUCCGAUUGAUUUUUUCUCGAUUAGUGUUUUUAAUUCGUCUUACGAAGAAUCUACUAUGGCGACGAAGAGAAGCGUUGGAACUUUGAAGGAAGCGGAUCUGAAAGGAAAGAGUGUGUUCGUGAGGGUUGAUCUCAACGUUCCUUUGGAUGAUAACUCUAACAUCACCGAUGACACCAGGAUUCGUGCCGCUGUUCCCACCAUCAAGUACUUGAUGGGUAACGGAUCUAGGGUUGUUCUCUGCAGUCACUUGGGCCGCCCAAAAGGUGUUACUCCUAAGUACAGCUUAAAGCCUCUUGUGCCGAGAUUGUCUGAACUUCUUGGUGUUGAGGUUGUUAUGGCAAAUGACUCUAUUGGUGAGGAAGUCCAGAAGUUGGUUGCAGGACUACCUGAAGGUGGUGUUUUGCUCUUGGAGAAUGUGAGGUUCUAUGCGGAAGAAGAGAAGAACGAUCCUGAAUUUGCAAAGAAGCUUGCUGCUCUUGCUGAUGUCUAUGUUAAUGAUGCCUUCGGAACUGCUCACAGAGCUCAUGCUUCCACUGAGGGUGUUGCCAAAUACUUGAAGCCUUCAGUUGCUGGUUUCCUCAUGCAAAAGGAACUUGAUUACCUUGUCGGAGCUGUGGCAAACCCCAAGAAGCCUUUUGCUGCCAUUGUUGGAGGCUCAAAGGUUUCAACAAAGAUUGGUGUCAUUGAGUCACUCUUGUCCACAGUUGACAUCCUCCUGCUCGGUGGAGGUAUGAUUUUCACUUUCUACAAGGCACAAGGACUCUCAGUCGGAUCUUCCCUUGUGGAGGAGGACAAGCUUGACUUGGCAAAGUCACUCAUGGAGAAGGCAAAGGCCAAAGGUGUCUCUCUCUUGCUCCCAACCGAUGUGGUUAUUGCUGACAAGUUCGCUCCCGAUGCUAACAGCAAGAUAGUGCCAGCCACUGCCAUCCCAGAUGGCUGGAUGGGUCUAGAUAUUGGUCCAGACUCCAUCAAGACAUUCAGCGAAGCUCUGGACACAACCAAAACCAUCAUCUGGAAUGGUCCCAUGGGUGUUUUUGAAUUCGAGAAGUUUGCAGCUGGAACUGAGGCCGUAGCAAAGCAGCUUGCAGAACUAAGCGGAAAGGGAGUAACCACAAUCAUUGGAGGAGGUGACUCUGUGGCUGCCGUCGAGAAGGUCGGUUUGGCUGACAAGAUGAGUCACAUCUCUACCGGAGGUGGUGCUAGUUUGGAGCUUCUUGAGGGGAAGCCACUUCCAGGAGUCCUCGCUCUUGAUGAUGCUUGAGAAUCCUCACAUUGGAUUUUUAUCUCUCUUUUGUGUUGUUAUAUGUAUAACAAGUUGUCUGGUUUUCUCAUGACCAGAGGAGCAAGCCAUUAUUAUUGUCAGCUUGAGAUUUCUGUCUGCGGCUCUCUUUUUUUAAGAGUUUUUAGUUUGGAGCCUUUUCUUAAUAAAAAGAGAUGAAACUCUGAUUAGCAAA